GUGAAAAAAUUCCCGGAAAAGGUAUGGUUUUGUUUUUAUAUUUUGACGUUGCUGGUGGUCGCUGGGAGGAGAAUUCAUUGGGCUGCCACUGCCAGUCUCCGACUUGAGUGAAAGACAAGACUUGCGAACCUUUGCCACGACUCUCGCGGUCUGCCUCUCCCUCUCUCUAUGGACAGUAGCCAGAGGGCAGACGAGAAAGCUGGACGUUUUGUUGACGGGAACUGGUGAGCCUCCCCGAGGUCUUGGCUGUGCUUGAAUUCCGGAAAAAGGAAGGAGAAGCAGAACGAAAGGCAAGAAACGGGAGAGCUGCAGCCGUGAGAGAUGUGCGGUCAGGCCGAGAUUGCGGCGGUAUCCUUGUCAAAGCCUGGGCUGAGCAUAUUGUUCUGAAAGGAAACUGAUAACAAACAGGGGAAGCGAACAUGGCUGGGACCUCAGGCUUCUUUUCCAACGGACCCAUCGCGUGGAUGGACAAUGAUGCAGAGAUGAACAACCUCUACAGAGACCUAGAGCUGGGCACGGUGUUGACACUAUUUUAUUCAAAGAAAUCUCAGAGGCCAGAGAGGAGGACUUUCCAGGUCAAGCUGGAAACUAGGACUAUUAUCUGGACUCGGGGAACAGACAAAAUAGAGGGCGAGAUUGACAUUCGAGAAAUCAAAGAGAUCCGACCAGGGCAGAAGUCGCGGGACUUUGAGCGCUAUAUGGAGGACUCCGCAGCCAGGCUAGAUCAAGCUCACUGCUUUGUCAUUUUGUAUGGGACAGAAUUUCGCCUUAAAUCUCUCAGCCUAGCAGCAACAUCGGAUGAAGAAAUGACCAUGUGGGUGAAGGGGUUAAACUGGCUUGUGGCUGACACGCUAAAGUCCCCAACACCACUUCAAAUAGAAAGAUGGUUACGGAAACAAUUCUAUGCUGUUGACCGCAACAGAGAAGAUAGGAUAUCCUGUAAAGAUCUGAAGAACAUGCUGAGCCAGGUCAACUACAGGGUGCCCAACAUGAGGUUCCUCCGAGAGAAACUUCCGGACUCUGAGUUGAGGAAUGGCGAAGUAUCCUUCAGCCAGUUUUCUCAACUCUACCGGAACCUCAUGUUUGAUGCUCAGAAAAACCUGGAGAUCCCAUUUUUGCAGAGGUUCAUUGACAGACCAGAACAGAGGAUCUCCCUUGAGGACUUUAAGAACUUCCUCCUGGAUUCUCAAAUGGAUAUGUGGGCUACAGAUGGCAGCAAGGUUCAAGAGUAUAUAUUUGGCUACCUGAAAGACCCUCUUAGAGAAGUAGAACAGCCUUAUCUUCUCCAAGAUGAGUUCCUGACGUACUUAUUCUCCAAAGAGAACACCAUCUGGGAUUCCUCCUUGGACCAAGUAUGUCCAGAAAAUAUGAACAAUCCUUUGUCCCAUUACUGGAUUUCCUCUUCACAUAACACGUACUUGACAGGUGACCAGUUUUCCAGUGAGUCGUCUCUGGAGGCGUAUGCUCGAUGUCUAAGGAUGGGUUGCCGCUGUAUUGAAUUGGAUUGCUGGGAUGGUCCUGAUGGAAUGCCAGUCAUCUACCACGGGCACACCCUCACGACAAAGAUCAAGUUUUGCGAUGUGUUGACCACCAUCAAAGAGCACGCAUUUGUUACGUCAGACUUUCCCAUCAUCCUGUCCAUUGAGGACCACUGUAGUAUUGUCCAGCAAAGGAAUAUGGCCACUUACUUCAAGAAACUUUUCGGAGACAUGUUGCUUACCAAGGCAGUGGAUAUUGCAGCGGAUGGCCUGCCCUCACCUCACCAGCUCAAGAAGAAGAUCCUCAUCAAGCAUAAAAAGCUUGCUGAGGGCAGCGCUUACGAGGAGGUGUCUACCUCUACUCCCUACUCUGAGAAUGACAUCAGCAACUCCAUCAAAAAUGGAAUUCUGUAUUUGGAGGAUCCCAUCAAUCAUGAGUGGUACCCUCAUUUCUUUGUCCUGACCAGCAGUAAAAUCUACUACUCAGAAGAGACCUCAAAUAAUCAGGCUAAUGAUGAGGAAGAGGAGCACAGAGAGGUUUCCAAUGGGAUGGAUCAACAUGUUACAGAAAAGUGGUUUCAUGGGAAAUUGGGAGCAGGGCGUGACGGGCGUCAGAUAGCGGAGCGGCUACUGUCGGAAUACUGCCUAGAGACUGGAGCGCCUGAUGGCUCCUUCCUGGUUCGAGAGAGUGAGACCUUUGUGGGAGAUUACACACUGUCUUUCUGGCGCUCAGGACGAGUGCAGCACUGUCGCAUUCACUCCCGUCAAGAGGCCGGAAGCCCCAAAUUCUACCUGACUGAUAACCUUGUAUUUGAUACCCUUUUUGCCCUCAUCAACCACUACCAGCAGGUGGCGUUGCGCUGCAAUGAAUUUGAAAUGAAGUUGACGGAACCUGUGCCGCAGACCAAUGCCCAUGAGAGCAAAGAGUGGUACCAUGCGAACCUGUCCAGGAGUCAUGCUGAGAACAUGCUAAUGAGAGUUCCCAGAGAUGGCGCUUUCCUUGUCAGGAAAAGGGCUGAAUCCAACUCAUUUGCCAUUUCCUUCAGGGCUGAGGGAAAAAUUAAGCACUGUCGAGUACAACAGGAAGGUCAAACUGUGGUGCUGGGCACUUCAGAGUUUGACAGCCUUGUAGAUCUUAUCAGCUACUAUGAGAGGCAUCCUCUGUAUCGCAAAAUGAAGCUGCGAUAUCCCAUUAAUGAGGACACACUGGAAAAAAUCGGCACUGCUGAGCCCGACUAUGGGUCAUUGUAUGAGGGCAGAAAUCCUGGAUUUUAUGUGGAAGCCAAUCAGAUGCCUACCUUUAAGUGCACAGUAAGAGCAAUGUAUGAGUACAAAGCCCAAAGAGAUGAUGAGCUCUCCUUCACUAAAAAUGCCACCAUCUCUAAUGUAGACAAACAGGAAGGAGGAUGGUGGAAGGGAGACUGUGGAGGGAAGAAGCAGCUGUGGUUUCCCGCAAACUAUGUUGAGGAGAUCAGUCCAUCAGCUGCAGAGCCAGACAGAAGCGAGAUGACAGAAAACAGUCCUCUGGGAGAUCUGCUGAGAGGAAGUGUGGACGUCUCCUCCUGCCAGAUUGUUGUGCGACCUGAGGGUAAAGGAAGCAGGCCACAUGUUUUCUCUCUGGUGCCGACCACGGCCAUGCGGACGGGCCCGGUACUGGAAGUUGCUGCCAGCAGCCAGGAGGAGUUAAAGGAGUGGGUGCUCAAGAUCCGUGACGUCGCGAUGACUUCAGAGGCCAAGCUGGAGGAGGGAAAGAUGAUGGAGAGAAGGAAGAAGAUUGCACUGGAGUUAUCUGACUUGGUUGUCUACUGUAGACCUGUGCCCUUUGAUGAAGACAAGAUCGGCACAGAGCGCGCCUGUUUCCGAGACAUGUCUUCCUUUCCCGAGACCAAGGCGGAGAAGUACGUCAAUAAGAUCAAAGGGAAGAAGUUCCUGCAGUACAAUAGACUGCAGCUAUCCAGGAUCUACCCACGAGGCCAGAGACUGGACUCCUCAAACUACGACCCUCUGCCCAUGUGGCUCUGUGGCUCGCAGCUUGUAGCACUAAACUUCCAGACAGCAGAUAAGCCCAUGCAGAUGAACCAGGCCUUGUUCAUGCUGAACGGAAGGAGCGGGUAUGUCCUCCAGCCCCCCAUCAUGAGGGACGACAACUUCGAUCCCUUUGACAGACACACACUGCGGGGUCUCGAGGAAGUCACUCUUCAGAUCGAGGUAUUGGGUGCAAGGCACCUACCCAAGCACGGGCGUGGCAUCGUUUGCCCUCUCAUCGAGAUUGAAGUGUGCGGGGCCGAGUAUGACAGUGUCAAGCAAAAAACAGACUCUGAAGCUGACAACGGUCUGAAUCCCACUUGGCCCAGAAAGCCGUUCCAGUUCGUAGUUUGCAAUUCAGCCUUCGCCUUCCUUCGCUUUGUGGUCUACGAAAUUGACAUGUUCAGCGAUCAGAACUUCCUGGCUCAAGCCACAUUCCCCAUUCACAGCCUGAAGACGGGUUAUCGCUCAGUCCCUCUGAAGAACAGCUUCAACGAGGACCUGGAGUUGGCCUCGUUGUUGGUCCACAUGGACAUUGUCAGAGGAAGAAAUGAAAACGGCGAUAUUGUGUGCCCAUUCUCCGUCACCUCGUCGAUCGCGACGGCAGCCCAAACCGGACGGGAACGUUUCGGGGACCGCAGCUCUGUCUCGUCUACGUCCUCCAACGUCUCCCCAGUGCCCCAGUCGCCGGGCCAGGCCGUGGCAUCUUACAGGGGCCGAGAGGGCUCCUUCGACUCCCGCUACCAGUCACCCCUUGACGACUUCAGAGUGUCGCAGGAGCCGCUGCUGGACCACAUGGACCCGCAGAACCGAAGGAUGAUGCGGCGGACCAGAGUGGGCGGAGAGAACCGCGUCUAAGUCCCAAACUCCCCACUUGCACCCCCCUCCUCAUCCGCACGCCUCUGCCCGUACUGAUGAUGUCACUGACUGCUGUGAACACUGUUUCCAUGGAAACACCCACCACCGCUUUGGCCUACAUUUCAGGCAGCUCACACAGCUCUGACCCGCAACCCCCGCCCGUCAGCCCAGCCCACUCGCCGUCGGAGAGGGAUGGGACCGUGACGCCAGAGAGGAAGAUUAGCUGCACAAAGAGGAAAGACGUUCGAGAGAGCAAAAGUUCCAAACGGUUUCCUGCUCCCUGUUUACUCAUCUCCGCAUAUAAACUCAAAUGUAUUUAUUCCUGCCGCUGACAGCUCGAGGACGAGUGGCACUCAACACGCUCUCAAAGAGCUCCCGUCUCCCAUGUCGUUAAUUAUUAUAAUUAUUUAAGCAUUCAUAAUGUGACGUCUCCAUUUCCUUUUUCUGUAUAUGUGUAAAACACGAGGGCUUCGCGACUGUUUUUAACGUCCCUCUCUUUGCGCUUUGGAGGAUACUAUGCACCUCCUAUGUAACUUUUCUUUUUUGGGGGGUGGAAAGGCAUCAGGAAAAAGUCAUAGCUGGUGAGACGGCAGACGUAGCCAUUUUCUUUUUGUUACAUUCCAAACAGAUAUUGCACAUGAUUUCGUUUGUGCGUUACAAGCCAGUCUGGCACUGUUGAAGGUCAGUCACGCCGCUCUCAUGUCAACUCAAUUACAUUGAUGUAAUUUGAUUCAUGUCGGCAAGGAUUAUUUUUAUCGUGCUGCACUAUUGCGAACGUGUUGUCAAAGUUCCUUGUUUUUGGUUUGCCAGCCCGCAAAAGGGGGAAAAUAUGCCAUAUUUUAAUAAGUUAGACCACUGCCGUCACGUGUUUUCGAGAGUUGACGUUUCACUGCCGCCAUGCUUUCAUUUAAAUGGAAUUACCGUAACCAUCUUCAUUCACUCCUUUGGCUUUGCAGGCGGGGAUGCCUCUGCUUUUUCGGAUGAAUGUCAAGGUGCCUUCAAUGGGUGUGCGUAGAGCUUGUAUACAAACUUUGCCUGUUUGUUUUCACUGUUAUGAUGUAGUCAGUAUUGUUGCUCAGUGUUUGGCCACUGAGACACACCGAAGCCAUAAGGUAUAAUGUGAUAGAGGUAAGUGCAAGGAUGUUCGGGGACACCCGUGUGAAGGUUUUUUUAGCGUCACGCAUCCUGCAUCAAUAGCUGUCCAUGCUGCAUUACUACUAAUGUGCCCAAGCGUUCACCUACAUACAACUCAGCUGUUUUGACUGACAGUAUCUACGAUGCGCAGUGAGAAAAUGUUGCUUGUGCGCUCAAUUUGUUUUUGUACACUUUUUUUUUUUUUUUUUGACUCAUGCAGUUUGGGGUUGAAAGCAGUCAAAUGGCUGACAUUCCCACAAUACUUAACUUUGGAUGUCCGUGCAGGGCCCUUAAGUGUCUUUUUGUUUCUUCAUUGAUAGUCUCGCCUUUCUGUAAUGUGCCUAAACUAUAGAGAGGAAAAGUAUUCAUUUUAAUUUUGCCUUUCAUAAACAUAUUCAACCCUGAGAAAUAAAAUACCUACUACUUUAUACAAUGCUGUCUCAAUUCCUCUGCAUAGAGAUGCAUGCAUGCAUGCAUGUUCAUUUUGUUAUAAACCAUUUGUGUUUGUGAAAUCCAAAUAUUAACCCACGGAGAAAACCUUUCAUGGCAUUUCUUUAUUCUGCAAAUAACUACCUGUAAAAAUGAUACAUUAAACCUAAGUAGGGAACUUUGGA